GGUCGGUUUGUAGAUACAGAUAAAUGUCGGACGUUACUUAAUAGUGUUGUGUCGUGUUACGCGGCAUAAAUUAAAAAACAAAACAAAACAAACAAACAAACAAAAAAACUAUAUUGCAAUUUUAACGCGCAGUACUAUAUGGAAAAAUGCUAGAAUGUAAAAGCGGAAGUAGGGUAUGUUGUCAUCUCUCAGCCCCUCCUGCUACUUCAAAUAUGUCUUAAAAUGUAGCGUGAACAUCGUAAAGUACAAGACUAACGCACUACUAAACAGCAUCAGUGUCCUUGUUAGAUUUGGCGUAAUGGACGAGAUCCGUCCAUUGCUGCCUCAACGCCAAGAGAGCACGGAGGAUCCAUCUCCUAACCUGAGGCCGAGGCACGAGGAGCUGAUACCCACACCAUGUGGACCAAUAAAGCAGUUGUCAGAGCUCCAGUGCCUCGUGAAGGUCUACUUCUGCUUCACACUCAUCUCCAUGCUGGUGCUCUUUAUCCUCACUAUAAUCAACAUCGUAAAUGAAAGAUGGAAAGAAGGUGAAGAUGAUGAUCUCAGUGUCUCUAUCAUCCAGCUUGUGGGCAUCGUGUUCUGCAUGUACUACAUCUCACGAGGCGUGCUGCAGGAAAACAGGCAGGAGCUGAUUAUCUUUGGGGUUUGUGUGCUCGUGGUCAUGGUGCGCUCUAUCGUCAACUUCAGUGUCAGCAAAGAGAAAGAAGUGCUGCUAAUGGUGCGGUUUGUGUGCAUCAUGUGCCUGGGUGUGGUACACCUGCUCUGUGCCUUGUUGCUCAUCCUAAGGCCCAACAUGAUGGCCUUCAGGGUAGGCGGAGCUUUGGAAAGCCUGCAGGAGCAGUACUUCUUGCUCAAUCUCUGCUUCUCAAUGGUGACCUUUGAUCUUCAGGCACAGCUGUGUUUGUGCAUCCUGAUCCUGACGUCAGGCCCCUCUGUGUCCAAAAUUCACACCGCCAUUCUCGGAGUCGGAGUCGUUUGGGCAAUUAUUACUGCUGUGACUGGAGCCAUUUCUGUCUUAAAAGAAGUGAAGCCACUGGUCUGGAUUUUUGUCCUCCAGAACUUACCUCAGCUGGCUUAUUUUAUUUACCUGCUAUAUACGAUAAUUUCUGAGUGGGGACAGAGUCCAACGUACAUACUGGAGGCUGCCUCUAUAACGGGCUGCCUGAUCUCGGUGACCAUCAAAUGUGUGCUUUUCUGGGGUUUGUUCCGCCUGUACCGCAGCUUCGGCCAGGGUCUACGUGAGAGAAUGUUUGCUGCAGAUAAGCAGUAAGGAUCAUUAAGAAGAGGACCAGCAAGAAAAAGCCCAGCAAGGAGUCCACCAUUAAAUCACGUGCUUAGAGCAGAGCUUCUUCAACUGGAAGACGUCUGUAAAUCAAUUUCAGUCGUAAAAUCUUCAGAGACAACACUGCCACUUAGCUUACUACAGUGACAUUACAUAAGAAAAGUCUUCAGAAAUCCAGCUCUAAAAUCCUUAAGAGAGAAUAAAUUCUCUAAGGAGUUCAUGUUCAUGAUUAUAUCUAAAAGAUAAGAUUUGAUUUUUAUUCCACAUGGAAAUGCCAAGGUCAUCAUGAAAUGAUUGAACAUUUUAUUACUUCCAUAUUUAGCGCUUAUCUGUUUUUUACGCUUUAAAUGUUGGCUUCGUGAAUAUGUUAACUCCAUUUUAACUCCAAUCUCCUAUUUUCAGUAUUUAUAUAUUACUUUAAGCCUGGAUACAUAUCAAAGUGUCCAAUAUGUACCAAACUGCACUGUGUAUGUGUCACAUUUCAUGCAAAACGCACUUCAGACACAUUUUAAAUCCUUACAUAAUCUAAGCAUAUUAUAGUGUUUCUAAUGAUAUGACAUCAAUUUAAAACAACAACAAACGACGAACUGCAUGCAGAAAAAAAACACACUGGAUUCAUUUCACUUGGAUAUACAGAAGGGUCCAAAAGUUUAAGACUACACUGGAAAUCUGGGAUUUUUAUUUAUUUAAAAAUUCCCUGUAAAUUCUAGGGAAAAAAAAACAAAUCCAACAUAUCGCUUAAUCAUUAUUCAGAAUGCACAGAUUUUAGGUCACUGUUCAAACACAUGCAAAUUCAUAUGGUAAUGCUUUGCUACAAAAGGUUGGAUUUUCUGGUUCUCUCGUCCAGUCUAUUAAAACCUAAUCAGUGUGAUAAAUCACUCUGAUGGAUUUGAUCUAAUGCGGAUCAUCAGGCUUUACACAAACUCGGACGCCAUGAAGGUUCGAGCGCACAGAAAAAAAGGGGACAAACACAAAUACUAAGAAACUCGUGAAUAUUUUUAAGAUUCUAAUUUUCACUUUAUCAGGAACCGUAUAAAGUUGAAAAUGCAAAGCAAACGUAUUUUCGGAAGCAGGUUUCACCUCCAUUGGUCUCGGACGUUUUGGACAACCCUGUGUGUGAAGCACAAUUUCCUGUGAACAUUACAUUUAUGUUUUUAUACGCUAACCUCGGAAGGCAUCAGACAAAGAACUCAGUGUUAAGGAAGUGUUAUGAAGGGGAACAAAAUUUGUUUGUACUGAUGCCAACGUAGGGAAAACUCUUUUUUUUAAAUUUUUUAUCAGGAUGCUCUCUUUUUUUUUGUAGAUUCCACUACUGUUUCACACACUGUAAUCACCAGAGCACUUGUGAAAGAGUUUUACAGAACCAAGAGGUUUAACUGUUAUGUAUGUUUUCUGUUCAGUGUUUUGAUAGUAUGGAUUUAUUACUAUCAGAAACAUGUAUUUGUAAUACAAAAUUUAAUAAAUAUAUUUUAAACAA